AUGGAGCUGAAAAAGUCAGCUCUACAAAACAAGAUGUGUUGGCAAAUCAUCCCAACCAUGUUUGUGCUGAUGGACUUCCUUCAGAUGGCAGCUGCCCAUUGCAUGGUCCAUCCAGUUCCUGCCAGGAAUUUCACACUGCCCUGUGUGCUGCUGAAUGAGACCUUUUUGAGCCCUUUCUUUUCUGGGAGCUGGUCUGGUCUGAGGGGACAACUUGGAGCAUCCAAAAUCAAGCCUUUCAUGAAUGAAGAAAAUUUUCUGUGUUGUCUUUGGAGUGCCAGCAACAUUGAUUGUUCUUUGUACAGAGCAAGCAUGCAGGCAAGGAAGUUUAUUCCUUCAGAAAUAAAUCUCUCUGCUCCUCAGCAAAUAGAUUGGAGCUUGAACAUGGAAUGUUGGAUUAGAGGCAAGCUGGACCUGUUGGUUUGUAACCUGCAGCUUUUGAAGCUGGACCUGAGAGCUGACCUGAAGGUGAAUCUUUUAUACUCUGGAUCAGAGGUGUCCCUGGGAGCUGCAUCCACGAGCUCUGUGCAGGGCACGGUGAGGGUGGCUCCGUGUGACUGUGGGGACCAGGUCUGUGAGUGCCUGGUGGCCUCCCCGAGCCUCAACCACACCUACCUGCUGUGGCUGCAGGUGGUGGCAGGUGCCACAGCCCUGGGCUCCCCUCUGCUGGCCCUGCAGCCCACGGACAUAGUGAAGCCUGAAGCCCCUGUGAAGCUGCACCUGGAGCUGGCUGAGAGGGGCCAGGUGAAGCUCUGCUGGUCCAGCCCUGCACUGCUGCCCUUCCCUCUGCAGCACCAAGUGAGGAUCUCUGCCCCUCCAGGACAUGGGGACAGCCAGGUGCUUCAGGUUGCUCUGGAAAGCUCAGUGACCAUAGACAAUGCCCUGCUGGACUCUCCAUCCUCAGUGCAAGUGAGGAGCAGGAAUCUCCAUGGUCCAGGCUUCUGGAGUGACUGGAGCUCACCCUACAACCUCACUUUGGGAGCUCAAGUCCUGUACUUCCCUACCAAGACCCUGACCAGUGCUGGCUCCAACAUUUCAUUUCUGUGCAUCUAUAAAAACAGAACUGAGCCUGUAGAGGCCCAGGAGGUGGUUUGGUGGCUGAAUUUAGCAGAAGAAAUCCCAGCCAGCCAAUAUUCCCUUGUGAACAAUCGUGUAAGCAAAGUUACUCUUUUCAACUUGAAAGCAACCCAAGCUAGAGGAAAUUUCUUCUCUAACACCUUGUACUGUUGUCACCAAAGCAGGGAAUGUCACCACAGAUAUGCUGAAUUCUAUGUAGUAGACAUGGAUUUUAAUAUCUCCUGUGAGACUGAUGGAUACUUGAGUAAAAUGACUUGCAGGUGGUCUGCAAACCCAACCACCUUGCUCCUGGGGAGUUUGCAGCUAAGAUAUUACAGGAACCAAAUUUAUUGCUCUGACUUUCCAAGCCUGUCUCCAAACUCAGAGGUGAAAGAAUGCCAUUUGCAGAGGAAUCAUUCCUAUGAAUGCACAUUCCAGCCCAUUUUCCUUUUAUCUGGAUAUACCCUGUGGAUAGAGUUUAAACAUUUCCUGGGAACACUGGAAUCCUCCCCAACCUGUGUCAUUCCAGCAGAUGUGGUGAAGCCUCUCCCCCCUUCUGACGUGGGAGCAGAACUGACCAGGAAUUCCUGGGGGCUGCUGAACGUGAGCUGGACCAAGCCUGUCUUUGCCAGCAGGGACCUGACAUUCCAGAUCCGCUGGAAUUCAGGGAGCAGGGAGGACAUUCCAUGGCAGCUUUAUGAAGUCCCAAACCCUGCAGGCAGCUGGGCUGUGAUCAAAGUGGAGCAGCUUUGUGUGGAAUAUGUGGUCCAGGUGCGCUGCAGGGAAUUGGAUGGAUCUGGAUACUGGAGUGACUGGAGCAGAGCAGCCCAAACCCUGGUUCAGGACAUCAGAGCUCCCUUGCGAGGCCCGGAAUUUUGGAGAAUCGUUUCUGAGGAUGCAGCAAGGAAGCAGAGGAAUGUGACACUCCUGUGGAAGCCCCUGAUGGAGGAUCACUCGUUGUGCAGCGUGAGCAGGUACAUCAUAAAGCACCAGACCCCAGGGAACACCUCCUGGGAGGAAUCUGUGGAUCGUGGCACCAGCUGGACUUUUCCAUGGAUUGAGCCAACCCACACCGUCACCAUUUUAGCCAUGAAUUCAGUUGGAAUUUCUGCAGUUAAUUCUAAUUUAACUCUAUCCCAGCAAAUGAGCACAGUGGAUGCUGUGCAAUCCCUCAGUGCUUACCUGGUGAACAGCACCUGUGUGCUUGUGGUUUGGACUCUCUCCCCCCAAAUCCCUGGGAUAAAAUCCUUUGUGAUUGAGUGGAAGAACCUGAACAAAGGCGAGCAGAUGAAAUGGCUGCGAGUUCCUCCAAAUCUCAGGAAAUAUUUCAUUUAUGAUCACUUUAUCCUGAUUGAGAAGUACCAGUUCAGCCUCUACCCUGUGUUUGCUGGAGGAGUUGGCAAAGCCAGAGCCACGGAUCAGUUUGCCAAAGGGGGAUUUGAAAUUGGGAAUAGUGGCAGCCUCCAUGUGGUUCUGCCAAUUGUUUUUUCCACCUCAGUUUUGGUGCUGGGAGCGUUGCUGGUUUCAUACCAAAGGAUGAAGAAGCUGCUCUGGGAGGAUGUUCCCAACCCCAAGAACUGCUCGUGGGCACAGGGAGUUAAUUUCCAGCAGCCUGAAACUCUGGAUCAUCUCUUUGCCAAGCACCCCGAGCCAAUGUCAUGUGAGCCACUUCUCCUGGAGGCAGAGGUGGUGCUGGAAGACAUCAGCAUCACCAAACCCUCGGAAAAAGAAGAGCCAGGAGAUGUUUUCGGGAUCGAUUCCACAUUUCCAACCCCCCAGGACUCGGAAUGUGACUCGGCGUGCUCCAGCAGCCACUUCCAGAGCAGCAGCUUCUCCAGGAGCACCCAGGAUGGAGAAAGCACAGCUCAGUGUGACCUCAGAUACGCCACAGUCAGCAGCAAUUCCCGAUCCAGCGGCCUUUGCCGACGGAAAACAAAUCCAAGGAGUUGUUUGGAGAGCUGCUUCCUAGGGGAACAUUCCGUGCUUUUAGGUGCCUUCUCCAGUGGUGCUUGGGAAGUUGGGAGUGGGGCAUUCCUGGUGUUCCCUGGCUCCCAGCCCAGCAGGGCUCUGUCCCUGAUUUCCUCAGAGGGAUUCUCGGAGCCUUUGGGUGAAGCUUUCCCAGGCAGUGCUGAGAGGAGCUUGUAUUACCUGGGGAUAACAUCCCUGGAAAAGGGACAGAGGGACAUUUUCCUGGCAGAAAGCUCCAGGGGGAUGUGUCAGCUCCAAAGCACAGAUCUGCUCACGGAGGGGGUGGUUCUCCAGCACAUCCCAACAAAUGUCAAGGAGUUUAUCCAGGGCAAGCCCAAAGCCACCGUUCCCUAUGUUCCACAGUUCCGGGUGGCUGCAGCCAAAGGGCAGGAGGCCACAGAGAAAAAGUGA